CCUGUAGAUCCGCUAGGCCUGGGCACCGUGAUCCCGAAGCCGGGGCGAGGUCGCUGCCGAGCAAGCUCCCAGCGCAGCCUCCGCCCCCCAUUCCCGCCACCGCCCCGCCCCCGUUGCUAUGGAAACAGCCGCGGCGGCGGCCGGUUUGCUCGCGCCUCGCCCGCCUCGGUCUCUGCUGCUUCCAGGGGCGGGUGGGGUGGGCUGAGCACCGGCUGCCUCCACUGUCUCCGCCACCGGGAGAGGCCGAGAGCGGAGCCGGCACGGGUCCCAGAGGAGAGCGUGGCUGCUGGGCGCUUGGUCCCCAUCGCGGUCGAGGCCAGGGGCAUGCGGCGAUGUGAGCCAUGAGCACGACCUGGACGCUGUCCCCGGAGCCGUUGCCACCAUCGACGGGGCCCCCGGCGGGAGCGGGCCUGGAUGCCGAGCAGCGCACGGUGUUCGCCUUCGUUCUCUGCCUGCUUGUGGUGCUGGUGCUGCUGAUGGUGCGCUGCGUGCGCAUCCUGCUCGACCCCUACAGCCGCAUGCCCGCCUCGUCCUGGACCGACCACAAGGAGGCGCUUGAGCGUGGGCAGUUCGACUACGCGUUGGUGUGAGCCAGGCACCCCCGGGUGGCCCUCCACUGAACAGGGGUGCCGGCGGGCCCGGACUGCCCUCAGGAUCCCACCCCAGAGUUCAACCCCAGGGUGGGGCGUGAGAAGUCCAGCCCGCCCCGCCCAGGCUCUUCCCAUCCUCAGGUCUCUCCCGUCACCUCUCCUGGCCAGCCCCAGCCCCACUUUGUGCCUUUAUCCCUCCCUGUCCUGGCCCCCCAAAUUAACCAAGCCCGCAUCGUGUAGAUGGCUUUGUUAUUGUCCCGCCGCCAGCAUGAGUGGUCUGUCAGUUUCUGGAUGCGGAGGCUCUGUCUCCCCCUCCCAUCUGGCCAUCCCCACGAUAUCCCCGCUGAGUGUUGAGCCCUCGCGUGGGCUCCCUCCUGGCCCCACGGGGUGGAUGUUGCACGCCAAUAUGCCCCACGCAGGCCACCCUAGGACCUAGCCUGAAGAGUAACAACGGCUGCUGUGUCCAGGAUGCGUGACGCCUUCCGUGGGGGGAAAGCGCGGGCAGGCUCACUCCUGCCCAGGGCUCAAGCCCCAAGUCCCGAUCGGCACACCCCUCCCUCAGUCACCACUUCCCGUAUGCCAGUUACUGGCGACCCUGCCCCCUCCCCGAGUCCUCCUCCCACACCCCCAAACCCUCCCCCACCCUCCCCAUGCCUUCUCACUCCUACCUGCCUGAGCUGAUGGUUAUAAUAAAAGCUGUUGUUGAGCGCUUACUUGAG